UGUUAGCGUGUUUUUGUUUUCUCCAUGAUGCUAACCACUCUUGUAAGAAAAGGGGAGGGGCUUGGAGAAUUUCUAUACAGACACCUCUCUUCUUUACUCAGAACUUUCUGUCAAACUAAAUUCAUUUAACAACUUGUAAAAAUCAUUUUGCAGUAUAAGUGUUGUGGUGUCUCUGGUCUCCAGAGCCGUCCUCACAGCAGACACCGUGAGGUCACUAAUGGUUGUGACGGUACCGGAGACUUCAGGUGGAUCAGAAUGUCUGUAAACUGCAGAAUGAGAGCCAAUAAAGUCCAAAUGUACCAACAGGAAAAAACAAAAUUAGAUGUGACAGCUGUGCGUAUCAUAACCAACAAGAUUCCAACAUUAGAUAAUGCUAAGAACAACCCUGCACUGCAGUGAGGUUGGCAUGACAGGAAGUCGAGAUGAUGAAGAUAGUCCAGCCUUCAAACUAAGAUGCGUGAUGUAUAAAAGUCUUUCUACGGACUAAAGGACGGUUUGAGGUUCCUGCUGGCACCAUGCACUGUCUGCACAAGCUUCUUCUUUGUCUUCUACCAUGUCUACGAGACAUCAAGUUUGCAACAGGAAUUAUUGAUGGAGAAAAAGCUCCGGAGAACUCGAUGCCGUACAUGGUGUCAGUGCAGGAUAACAAGGGUCAACAUGUCUGUGGAGGUUUCCUCAUCACUGAAGACUUUGUGCUCAGUAGUGCACACUGUGGCAACUCUGGUUACUCCCUCAGAGGCUUCACACACGUCGUUCUCGGCAACCACAAUCUGAAGAAGGCUGAUCAUCAGAAAGUAAGGAUUGAAAAAAAAAUCAUCCCUGAAAAUUACCAACACGUUGGACUUGGUAAUGACAUCAUGUUACUCCAACUGUCUGAGAAAGUUCGAUUAGGCCACAGAGUGCAAACAGUUCAGCUUCCACCUGCUGAAACAAACCUAACAGAAAAUCAAGUGUGUCAGGUGGCCGGAUGGGGAAAAACUAAAACUGAUGAUAAUAAACCUGCUGAUGAGCUGAUGGUGGUGGACGUGUCUGUCAUUGAUAGACAGGUCUGUGAGUUACUGUGGGGUGGUCUUCCUGCCGAUGUUACCUGUGCAGGUGGAUAUAAGACAACCAAAGGAUUCUGUCAGGGUGAUUCUGGUGCCCCUCUGGUGUGCGACGGGUUGGCUGUUGGUCUCGUUUCCUUCAACUAUAAAAGAAGCUUUCCACCUCCCACUGCUCUGCUGUGACACACGGGGAAACAUGAACUCGUACGUUUUUAUAAAUGUCUUCAGUUUGACGAAGAAUUUUGGUUUCACUUAUUUAAUCGGGUCAUUUUGCUUCCACGUUGGUUAUUAUUUUUUUUAUUUUUUUUUUUCUCUUUCUUGGAUUUUUUUCUCGGGACUUUCAGAUCCUGUUCAUCAGCUGUGGAGGGUUUUUUGGGUCUACCACUUAAGUACACUCAGAGAUAUGCCACGCUGAACAGAUUUCUGCGUCUGUUCAUGUUUCCUUAUCAUCACGAGUGCCUCUGAAGAUAACUGAAAAACUUCUGUUUGAUUGUAUAUGGAGAAAUAAAAGCCUAUAUUAAAAA